AUGGCCUGGAGCCUAAAGGCCCUGCUCCUCAUGGAUGAGGGUAGAUGCGAGUGUUCAGUAGCAAGUGAGAGUGGGGCGAAGUACUGGGGCCAGUACUGCGAGUCGUGCGCGUCGUGCGACAACCCGCUGUGUGCGCACGCCGAGCCGUGCGUCGCCUGCCGCCUGCGCCGGAACUGCUCCGCCGACCUCUGCGCCGUCGGGGACGUCAACUACACCGUCACUGAACUCAUCACUGAUCUACAAACCGAUGACUUAACAACAUGUAUCCUUCGCCUGGAAGAGGACGACCUGGAAUGCGAGUACAAAUACACGUAUUCUUCCAAUCCAUCAUCAGGGGUCGAAAUUACUAUUGGGGGCAAAGAGUGCUAUCGUCCUACAAGCGCCAAGAUCAUGACUAGCGCUGUAGUAAUAAUGGGUUGCGUUAUAGCUGCGGGUUUAAUAGUUAUACUGUUCAUAAAGUGUGGGCAGAUCAUGUCUGAUAGAAGGGCUUACGCGAAAUUCGUCAAAGAAGCACAAGAAAGCAGGAAAAACAUGCAAGAAUUAAAUCCUUUGUACAUUUCUCCUAUUUCAGAGUUCAAAUUGCCUGAUUCGUUUCCUAGAGACAAGAAUGAUUAAGCUCUUUUAGGUACGUAAGUGUUUAUUUUUGUACUUACUUUUUAAAAUCGUUUUUAAUAGCACUAUCGUUGCAAUAAACGUUGACAGCGCCUCUGGUGGUGAAAAAGUGAACCAGUCUUGUAUGUAUGUGUACUUAUGUUUGUUUUUGGCGUAUUAUGUAUAGAUAGUACAGGUAGUUUAUUUUAUGAUGAUAUGUAUGUUGUAUGUAAUUCAGUGUCUUACUAUACGAAUUUAAGCUUUAUUGUCACAUAGACAAGCUUUGUAGAAAGUAUGCUAUUUAUCAUUUUUUUAAAUACAUAAUAAUUACAGUACAAAUUAUUUGUAUUUUAUAAAAUUUACUUACUACAUUUAGGGGAUAAAACGUUAUUUUUUUAAAGUUGUAACCAUUUGUGCCUUUUAAGUUCAAACAUUUUAAUACGUAUGUGGUUUGUGCUGUACAUCAAUACAGACUUCAUUAUUUUCUUGUAUUCCAUCCUUAGUCUUCAUUACAAUUGAUGUACAAUGUCCUUCUAAUGUUUUUAUAUUCUAAGCAAAAAAACUGUUUUGAGAGAUUGAUUUUAUCUCUUUACGUACAGGAUGUACCUAUCGUAGAGAGGUAGUGGCCUAAAUAGUGGUCCAGAAUUUUCUUGUUUUCUCGGUCAAAAAUAAAUUCAUUCAAGACAAUUAGACAUUCAAUAAAAAUCGCACUUCAUUGACGGAUUUGACGAUACACUUACCUAUUCAAUUUUAGAUUUUUAUAGGUU